GUAUAAAUAUGACCAUGUUUGCACCACAGAGGGACAGUGUAACAGCGCUCGCAUUCCAGUUAGAACAUUGGAAGAGGAAACAGGAAAAAUGGGUAGCCUACGGCCAGGGAUGUAGAAGGGUUGGCUGGUCUUCCUGGCUACCAAGAUCCUCGCUGGUGUUUGGGACAUUUCGCUCGAGUUCUCUUGAGUCUCUGCCGGACAUCUUCGUAGGCUACAUAUCAUUUCUAAUCAGGUUAUGGAAACAUCAUGAGGGUUGAAACUACUGGUGCCUCGUGGCAAACAGCUCAGCAGGACAGGCUGGGAUACUCAGCUGUGGAGGCAUCACACACCAUGGCAGAAACUGAUGCAGGCAGAAUGCAAAAGUACAGGUCUAAAAUCAACAGGGUGGGAGGUAAAUAUGGAAUCGAUCCAGCUCUCAUUGCUGCCAUCGUCUCCAGAGAAUCCAGGGCUGGAAAUACACUAGAUAAUGGCUGGGGAGACCAUCAUAACGCCUGGGGACUGAUGCAGGUUGAUGUUAAUCCAAAUGGAGGUGGACACACUGCACGGGGCGCUUGGGACAGUGAGGAACACCUCUGCCAAGCCACGGAGAUCUUGGUUUAUUUUAUCGGCCGCAUCUGCAACAAAUUCCCGGGCUGGAGCACGGAGCAGACGCUGAAAGGAGGGAUAGCAGCCUACAAUAUGGGGGAUGGAAACGUCCUUUCCUAUGAUAAGGUGGAUGAACGCACAACAGGUGGAGACUACUCCAAUGAUGUUGUUGCCAGAGCUCAGUGGUACAAAAAAAACGGAGGCUUUUAAAACCUGAAGAAUCCACAACAGAAAAAUCAUAAAGGAAAUGUAAUGUGUGAUAUGUCAAUAUAUAAUACACUAAAUAAACACAAGUAAAACCACAAA